CGCAGUAGCCACUAAAAAGAUAUCCAGCCAUUUUUGGGUAAAGGAGAGUAGAGAGCUUUAAGAAUGACUUCUGGCUAUCGUAUGCCCGCUGCUGUUAUUGAUAAUGGCACAGGGUAUACUAAGUUAGGUUUUGCUGGUAACACAGAGCCACAGUUUAUCAUACCUUCAUCAAUAGCAAUUAAAGAAUCAGCUCAUGUUGGAGACAAAGCUUCAAAAAGAUUAGGAAAAGGAGUCGAUGAUCUCGAUUUCUACAUUGGAGAUGAAGCAGAUAAGCCAGGCUAUGCUACAAUGUAUCCCAUUCGUCACGGGAUAGUUGAGGACUGGGAUCUCAUGGAGAGAUUCUGGGAGCAGUGUAUUUUCAAGUAUCUUCGUGCCGAGCCAGAAGACCACUUCUUCCUUCUGACGGAGCCUCCUCUUAACACUCCAGAGAACAGAGAAUACACAGCCGAGAUUAUGUUUGAGUCAUUCAAUAUCCCUGGGCUGUACAUUGCUGUACAGGCUGUUCUUGCUCUUGCUGCUUCUUGGACCAGUCGUCAGGUUGGGGAGCGUACGCUUACAGGGACUGUCAUUGACUCUGGUGAUGGUGUCACUCACGUUAUACCAGUGGCUGAAGGUUAUGUUAUUGGUAGUUGCAUUAAGCACAUUCCGAUCGCUGGUCGGGAUAUAACGUACUUUGUGCAGCAGCUGCUGAGAGAGAGGGAGACUGGAAUCCCUCCGGAACAAUCCAUGGAAAUAGCAAAGACCAUUAAGGAAAAGUAUGGCUACAUAUGUCCAGACAUUGCCAAGGAAUUUAACAAGUAUGAUGCCCAGCCUGAUAAGUUUUUUAAGGAGCACGAAGGAAUGAAUAGCAUCACAAAGAAACCAUUCAAAGUUGAUGUUGGUUACGAAAGGUUUCUCGGUCCCGAGAUAUUCUUCCAUCCCGAGUUCUCUAAUCCUGACUUUACAGUACCUAUCUCUGAAGUCGUUGACACAGUGAUACAAAACUGUCCAAUCGACGUUAGAAGGCCAUUAUACAAGAAUGUAGUUUUGUCUGGUGGAUCAACUAUGUUCAAGGACUUUGGUCGUCGUCUCCAGCGUGAUUUGAAGCGUACUGUUGAAGCUAGGCUCAAGAUUAGCGAGGAACUCAGUGGCGGGAGGAUAAAGCCCAAGCCCAUUGAUGUUAAUGUCAUUACUCAUCACAUGCAGCGAUAUGCUGUUUGGUUUGGUGGCUCCAUGUUAGCAUCAACCCCUGAGUUUUAUGAAGUAUGUCACACAAAGAGGGAUUAUGAUGAACAUGGGCCGAGCAUCUGUCGACACAAUCCAGUGUUUGGAGCCAUGUCUUAGAUAUAGAGAUUAAAGGAACAUUAAUGUGUUUUCAAUUGCUUACUUAGUUUUAAAUGAGUGUAGAGAGAGAGAGCUAGUCCUCUUAUUGUAUUAAUAACUGUUUAGCAGUUCAGCAAUUUCUUAAUUAUCGUAUUAUUCUUAUUCUGUUGUUGUUAUUAUUAUUAUUAUGUUGUUGUUGUUGUGUAGAUUUUAUAAUUUAUCUUUUUUGCAUUUUAUAAGUGUUUCAUUAUUAACAGUACAAGUUGCCAUUGUU